AUGACUUGUGAGAUGUUGGCUAUUGAUACGACUCGAAAGAUAUCAUUUAAUCGAUUGAUUAGUAAUGGCGAUUUGGUGAUUGUGUACGAAAGGCAUGACAACAUGAAAGCAAUAACAGUAUCUGAGGGAGCAGUUUUGCAGAAUAACUUUGGUGCUUUUAAACAUUCAGAUUGGAUAGGAAAGUCAUUUGGGUCCAAAGUAUUCAGCAAUAAGGGUGGUUUUGUUUAUUUGUUAGCUCCUACACCUGAAUUAUGGACUUUAGUUUUAAGUCACAGGACGCAGAUUCUAUAUAUUGCAGACAUUAGCUUUGUUGUUAUGUAUUUGGAGAUUGUUCCCGGUUGCAUUGUUCUUGAAUCUGGUACUGGAAGCGGUUCUCUGUCUACUUCACUUGCUAGGGCAGUUGCUCCUAAAGGACAUGUUUAUACAUUUGAUUUCCACGAACAAAGGGCUAGAUCUGCUAGGGAUGAUUUUGAGAGGAUUGGUCUAAGCAGCUUAGUCACAGUGGGAGUGAGGGACAUUCAAGGCGAGGGUUUUCCUGAAGAAUUUGUUGGCUUGGCUGAUGCAGUUUUUUUGGAUCUACCUCAACCUUGGCUAGCUAUUCCUUCAGCUGCAAAAAUGUUAAGACAUGAUGGAACAUUAUGCUCUUUCUCUCCAUGUAUUGAACAAGUUCAACGAUCAUGUGAAACACUUCAAUCCAACUUCACUGAUAUAAGGACUUUUGAGGUACUCCUGCGGACAUACAAAGUUCGAGAAGUGAAAACAGAAAGCUCAGAGAUUAAUGGUAAUGGCGGCUCUAAUGUUACACUUCCUUGCAAGAGGAGACAGGGUUUGGAUGGAGCUAAUGUUGUUAGCUAUCCUAAUUCUUCUGUUAUGGCUAGACCUUGUGGUGAAGCUAGAGGUCACACAGGUUACUUGACAUUUGCAAGAAUUCAAUGUUUGUCAUGA